AUGUUGACACAGCUCUGUCGUCCUCUCCUACGAAGUGGCCCUAUCCGAACUUUAUGUUCCGCUGUAUCUCAAAAUGAGUACGAGAAAGCUGCAGAAGAAUCAUUAGAGAAACUCACCGAUUACUUCGACAAUCUGCCUGAACGAUUCUCAGUAUCACCUGACUAUGACGUAACUCAUGCGAUGGGCGUACUUACUGUAGUGGUCAGCAAAGAUGUUGGCACAUACGUAAUAAAUAAACAAUCGCCUAACAAACAAAUAUGGUUAUCGAGCCCUGUAUCUGGUCCUAAGCGCUAUGACUUAGUAGAUCAUAGGUGGGUAUACAGCCAUGACAAUGAAUCGCUCGACACCCUACUCACGAGAGAAUUUAGAAGAAUUUUCGCAACUGAUGAUAUAGAUUUUAAAUCCGCGAUCUAG